AUGAGCCAUUACCACGAGGAAAGCCAAAGACAAACUCACGACCACGAGAAUGAUUUCCACGACCACAAGGCCAACCCCGCCACGACCACAAGGCCAACCCCGCCACGACCACAAGGCCAACCCCGCCACGACCACAAGGCCAACCACACCACGACCACAAGGCCAACCCCGCCACGACCACCAGGCCAACCCCGCCACGACCACCAGGCCAACCCCGCCACGACCACAAGGCCAACCCCGCCACGACCACAAGGCCAACCCCGCCACGACCACAAGGCCAACCACACCACGACCACAAGGCCAACCCCGCCACGACCACCAGGCCAACCCCGCCACGACCACAAGGCCAACCACACCACGACCACAAGGCCAACCCCGCCACGACCACCAGGCCAACCCCGCCACGACCACAAGGCCAACCACACCACGACCACAAGGCCAACCACACCACGACCACGAGGCCAACCCCGCCACGACCACGAGGCCAACCCCACCACGACCAUAAGGCCAACCACGCCACGACGACGAGACCAACCCCGCCACGACGACGAGACCAACCCCGCCACGACCACGAGGCCAACCCCGCCACGACGACGAGACCAACCCCGCCACGACGACGAGACCAACCCCGCCACGACGACGAGACCAACCCCGCCACGACGACGAGACCAACCCCGCCACGGCGACGAGACCAACCCCGCCACGACGACGAGACCAACCCCGCCACGACGACGAGACCAACCCCGCCACGACGACGAGACCAACCCCGCCACGAUGACGAGACCAACCCCGCCACGACGACGAGACCAACCCCGCCACGACGACGAGACCAACCCCGCCACGACCACAAGACCAACCCCGCCACGACGACAAGGCCAACCACGCCACGACGACAAGACCAACCACGCCACGACGACAAGACCAACCACGCCACGACCACAAGACCAACUCCGCCACGACCACAAGACCAACCACGCCACGACCACAAGACCAACCACGCCACAACGACAAGACCAACCACGCCACGACCACAAGACCAACCCCGCCACGACCACAAGACCAACCACGCCACGACCACAAGACCAACCCCGCCACGACCACAAGACCAACCCCGCCACGACCACAAGACCAACCACGCCACGACCACAAGACCAACCACGCCACGACGACAAGACCAACCACGCCAACAAUUAUGAGAAAGACCGCCAAUAA